CUAGGUGCCGGGACUGGGCUAGUGUCCCUCGUAUUAUCGGCCCUAUUGUCAUCGCGACCAAACAUAUCAGUGACAAUCACCGAUCUUGCUUCGGCCAUAUCAUUGCUCGAACAUAACAUUCAGCACAACCGGCCAUUACUAGAGCGCACUAACAUCCGACUGAAUGUACUGGAUUGGGAGCGAGAUCUUCCGGACGAGAUUAAAUCAUCAGGGCCGUUUAAGCUUAUUCUCAUGUCCGACGUCACCUACAACACCGCCUCUUUUUCAGCCUUGCUGAAGACAAUGAGAUCGUUGCGACAGUUGUCCCGUGAUGCUAAUGUAGACACGCUUGCAGUAUUGGCUUACAAAGAGCGUGAUAUUGCCGAGCGCGAAUUAUGGGCGAUGAUGGAGAAGGAGGGCUUUCAGUUCGCGAAGCUCGAGGAGAUUACUGGGCACGGUGGUCAGCCUGUUGAAUUGUGGUUUGCACAGGUGUCACAAUGUGUAACUCAGGUCACUCGUCGUUGA